CACACUGGCGUCCGGUUACUGUAACGUUUGCAAAUCCAGAUGAAAGUACCGAGCAAGCGACAAUAUUUAUUAGCAAAAUAAUGUCAUUAUUCAAAAUGGUUGCUUAAAUUGCAUGAAACAAGAAGACAGUAGGUUAAGUAGGGACUGCAUAAAGUAAGGUAGCUAACGUUAUACAUCUGCGCAUUUAUGUAACGUUAAAUACUGUCAAGAUGAAUCAAUUCGGAAGAAACGAGCCGAUCAUUAUGAAAACUUACGGCAAGCACUCAAGGAGGGUGGAUCGCUGGUUGUCCCCUGACAUCAGGAAAGCCGCCUUCGCCAGCACCUCUUCGUCUGACAUCUCCAUCGGUGAACAGGUCGGACAGAAACAUUUAAGGAAAAGGAAAAAGAUACUGAGCACCGCGUCUUCGAGGCCAGUACGAGCCGCCAAGAGUCAGGCCUUGGCAGGUUUACGAGAGCCGGACAGUGAAGAGGAGAAUGUUUUCAACCCCACUCCCGAGCACAGCCUCGGAGCCAAUAAGAGAAGGAGGGGAACCCUGAAUGUGAAGGCUUUGGCGAAGUGGAAAAUGGCGGUUAGAGAGAGCACGAGCGAGAGUGAAGAGGAGAAGUCAGCUCAAAGCCAAGUGCCCAGCUGUGGCUCAGGAAGGAGUCAAGGCCCUAAGGCAGGUAAUUCUGUGGCAGUGCCGUCAUAUCUGAGCAGGUUUGUGACUGAUCGCCGGAGGGGGGUGCCCAAAAUACCCAAGGUGUCACAGCGGAGUCAAGUGGCCAAAAAACACAGGGUUUCCGUUUGCAAAGGGAGUUUGAAUUCGUCGGAGGAUUUUGUGAAAAGGCGGGCGCCUCCCCGCAGGCCGGCUCCGCCCCGCAUGCCGGCUCCGCGCCUGGUGCAUUCUGGGAACUCAAGCUCCGAGCUGGCCUCCCCCGUCCCAAACCUCAGCCGGGCCAGGAACAUCUUAAAAGCCGUUUCCCUCAACAGCACCGCCGACAGGCCGCUGGGGAGCGGCUACAAAAAGCCCCUGCUGUCCAGUACCCCGUCCCUUGCCUCUCGGCCCAGCUACAGACACCAAGAGCCGUCCAUUAGCGAGAUCUCCUGCAGCAUAGACGACAUGGAAGAGGCCUUCAAGACCAGCGUGGAAGCCACGAGGAGCCUGGUGUCUCCUGGGCAGAGAAAAUGUAAAGUUCUGCUGGAGAGAAGUGUGGAAACAGCGGGAUAUGUGAGGAAACCUCCAUCCGAGACUGAGCAGGUUGGCCUCCCGCUUCCUGCCGGUAAAAACUCCAUUGGCGUUCCCCAGCAUAGCAAAGCGCUCUUCUCGCGCGUCGACUACGGGUCGGAGGUUAAAACCCGGGCCGGAUCGGUGGGCUCCCCAUCUGCGGAGAACCUCUCUGUCCAGUUUGUGUCGGCCGAGUCCCGUUUGGAUUCUCUUGCGGCUUGCCUGGGAGAGAGAGGCACGCCCGUGGUGGUUCUGCAGAAAGCCGACCUCUCGAAGCACCUGAGCGGCGGGAGGGAUCGGAGGGAGGAGGAGACUUACUCCUCCUGCGUGGAUUCAGAGUCUGCGCUGAGGAGCGACGGGUCAGAGAACGGACCGGGCCCCGGCGUGGAGGCCCCGCGGGAGACUGAAAACGGAGGAGCUGGCUGCAGUGACAACACCCAGAGUGGUGACACCGAUCCAGGGCGGGUUCGGGAGGAGGAUGAAGGCUGCGGUGCUGGGUUCGGAUCGGCAGAAGGUGAAGAAAGCGCUUCCGUCAUGUGCAUCUCGCCUUCAAUUCUUGCCGAGAGCAGCGGCAGACAUCUUGGGGAACCGGAGCGCGGCUCCUUUGGAUCGUGCAACGCCUCGAGACUCGCUGAGGAGAUGGGUAACAGAGCCUCGUUUGACGAGCAAAGCAUGGACCUGUUCUUAGAAAGCUCUGAAGUUGAGCCUCAGGGUGGGAGCGGGGAAAGCCUUCCCGCUGCUGCCUCUGGUGAAACAGUGUCUCUGUUGCCUCAGGAGUCUGCUGUGAAUUCUCAAGCCUCUGGGCUGCUGGAGGCCUAUUUGAAGAAGAGAUGCAGUUUGGUACAGGCCACAGUCGUCCUCGAAGCCCUGGAUCUGGACAGGUAUAUUCAGGGCUGUGGAAACCUGCCUGCGCCGGGCCCCGACUCUGCUGAAGAGCCCCAACGUGAGGCCAAAAUCUCAGUGAGGGAUCCACAGCGUUCUCCCAUCAGCGGUGACUUCCAGGAGCAGCCCAAAAGUUCAUCGCCAGAGCGGCCCAGAACAGCCAACCCGGAGCAGGACGGCGCGAAGCCAAACGAGGGGCUCAGGAGGAGGUUAUCGUCCGCCUUCGCGUCAAAAUCGUCCUGCGAUUCGCCCGGCCUUGCCCCGUCCCCCGGGGGGAGAAAGCGUCCCGCUCGAGCGAGGAACCAGGGCGGGGGGCGCCCCAAGGACAAGCCGGGGACGGGCCGAAAGGCCUGCGUCAGCGGGUUCAGCGUCAGCCGCUGGGCCAAGAACGACCCGCACCGGCAGAGACCCAGGAAGCCCCACGCACGGUCGCAGCUGUCCAGGGCUGGGGACUGCUCCCUGUUCGACUUCCAGCGCGGGCCUGACUCGAAGAAGCAGUCUGAUGCCGGGAGCAGCGUGUUCCAGGGCCCCAGCAGUGUGUUUCCAGGGACCCCCUCUGCGCAUGGAGCCCCUGAACAUCUCCUCUCUCCUGGCCAACUUCACCCCGGAGGCCCUGACCACCCACACCUGGAGCCGGCUGAAGGCCGCUCUCUCCGUGCACAAGAAGAAGAAGGCUUUCUUCACUCCUAAGAAGCUGACCCUGUCCCACUCUGGGCUCCAGAGUGACGUCUCGCUGGACCAGAGUGUCCUUCUCCUCCCCUCCCCCCAGUGCACUCCCCUCUCCCACCGCCUGAGAGCCA